GGCAAGCUAUUAUUAUCUAUGGCAAGCAUUGUGUAAUCCUGCGUGGUGGUCGGAAGUCUAGUGGCACGUUGAUACUUCAAAUAAUAUUGCGGGAUAUGAUGAUUUAUAUGCUAAUGUCAUACUGUGAAGUUCGACUGAUUGAGUGUAUAACAUAGUAACUUCUUACGAGAAGAUCGGAAGUCAGGAAGAUAUAUUGGUAUGGGGGAUAAGCGUAAGAUGUCAUUCGCCUAAUUCCGUACGUUUUAAUUUCGUUUACAUUUUUCUUAACUAAUUUAAACGAUGUUCGCCCGACCGAAGGCUGAGGAAACCGAAGAAGAUAUUUUGAAACUUCAAGAAGAAUUUUCGAAUAAAAAUCCGACGCCGUCUGCUACCAUCAUUAAUAAACGAAAAUCAGAACAAGGAAAUGAACCAGUUUCUGUACUUCUUUAUUGUAGGUAAGCCACAGGAUGCUUCAUGCAAAAAGCCUCGUUCAAAGUUUGCUUCCAGUAGAGCAGAAAGUAGAUCUUCCAAAAAAGGAAAUACAAGAAAUGUGGUUGGUCCAGAUGUUCUUGGAGAAAUCAAAGAGAAGAAUAUGACACCCAAAUUUGCACCACCCCCUAGUGCACUCUCACAGCAAGGGUUUCCUCAACCAUUUGAGAGAGAUGAAAAGAUUGUUGCUAAAGGAAAAAGUAUAUUUGCUCAGCAAAUUGAAAAAAUGAAAGCAAGUGGACCAUCAAAAGAAAUGAUUUUGGAUACACAUGAACCUCAUCAACAAGCUGACAUUGAGAAUGCAAACCAUCGAUUUGGAGACAGAAGCUUAAUUUUAACUGGACCAGAUGCUGCAACUAUACACCAGGAAAAUGUUGAAAGAUUGUCUAAAAUGUCUGCAGAAGAAAUACUCCAAGAACAACAAAAACUUGCUUCUGAGUUGGAUACAAAAUUGCUUCUGUUUAUCCGAUCAAGAAGAAAGGGAAAAGAACGCUCUGGGAUGGUGGAUCAGACUGUGAAACGGCCUUCAGAUAUUUCUGAAUUAAACCCUGAGGUUUCUAGUUAUGUGAAGAUGGAUACGGAUUUACCAUGUGGCAAUGAACCAGGAGUGUCAUUAAUGGGAGAUGGGGAAGAUUUGCCUUUGCAGUGUGUUGACAUAACAAGUGCAAUUCAGUCAGAGGACAGAGUUCAGGUAUCUGCUGUUGCUGUGGAAUCUGAAAAUGAAAAACAAACACAAAGUAAGAGUCUGGAGAAUAACAACACUUCAUGUCAGGUUGAUGUUGAAAUAGGCAGUGUAGCAGUUGACUUGGCUGCCAAGUCCAUUGAAGCCAACAGAUGGCUGCACAUGGACAUAAUUGAGCAUGAGAAGUUGCAUUGGAUUGGUGACAUCCCUCCUGCUACUGCAGCCCCAGCCGACGCACCAUACUCUGCAAGGUUUGACUUUCAAGGUUUCCUGCUACCAUUUGCUGAUGACAAAGUUAAUGUGACCCAAGCAUUGCAUCACCAUGGUGAAGAGCCUGAGCGUCCAGGCUACACAUUACAGGAACUACUGAAGUUGUCCCGCAGUUCUCUGCAGCAGCAGCGAGUGUUAGCACUUACAACCUUGGCUAACAUUCUGGACAAGACAAAGGCUGGCUACUAUGAUGAAUGUAUACUAACUCCUCUGUUGAAUCAGCUAAUGGACUCAGACUUGUACCUGUUGUUUCGGUUCUCGUUGGAUGACAACACUGAGACUAUGGUCUCUGCAACUCUCCUUGCCCUGAGAAACUUGCUGUGGAAUCAUCCUGAUGAGCUUUGCUUGGACUGCCUACUUGGGCUGUGGAACGGGCAGCGCCAGCCAUCUCUCAUGGUGACAAAUGUGGUGAUGAAACCCAGCGACAAGGCAGAGCAAGAGGAAGAAGAAGCUGAGUUGAAGGAUCACCAGAUUUUAAGAAUGGACAUGGUGAAGGGUGCACUGAGGACUGAUCUCAUCUUGAGGCUGAGGUAUAUUCUAGAAGUGUUGCAUCCAGGUCCAAAAGCUGUCAUCAAUGUACUGGAGAUCCUUACCAGGAUUGUCCGCCACUCUCAUGAUUCAGCUCUUGCGGUCACAUGUUGUCCAAGAUUGGUUUCUGUAAUCAUCACUAAUUUUGUCCCAAGAGAUUGGAGAGGCUUAGUUGGAUCCUGUAAGCCCAUGGAGAUGUCCUCAGUGUAUGGAAUCCCACUGGUGGAAGCUCUCAAACUGUUGCGAGUGAUAGCCAGUUGCACCCGCUCCAUGGCAUCAGACCUUGUCCACAAAUAUGGAGUGAUGGAUUCUGUAGUCAGUUACAUCAGUAUUGAUCCUAGGGAGUGUGGCCUUCCCCAACAGGAGGCUGUACGACUCAGCCUGGAGAGUUUUUACUUGUGGGAGACCCUCCUGGCUUAUAACUUUGCCAGCAAACACUUCAUUGAUCUCUAUCCAGUACUCAUGCGGUUGCUUCAGUUUCAUCUGUCAGCCACAUCAGCUUCAGAUUCUAGCUCCAAAUUUGGUCAUGAACAUGGGGCAGCAGUUAUGUCAUUGCUGAAAGAAGCAAUGCUAGCUUCUGAUACCCAAAUGAAGAGGUCUGCAGAGCAGACAGUAGCUAACAUCGCUCAGCGAGCGGUAGUGACCAUUUAUUAUGAACAUCUUUCUGGUUUCAAUCAGUUCCUUCACUUGUGCCUAAAGAAGUGGAUGAAUCAGUUGGCAAGAGCUGAAGAUGUUACAUUCUCUGCGUUAAAGUUGGUUGCAGCUACCCUGAAUUCUUCAGCAGUAAGGUACUCCAUAUUCCAUAGUCAGCCCGGGGUAAAUAUUGUUUCUCUGCUUGAGGAGAUUGAAGAUUUGAUGAACUCAGCUCUUCAGCCGUUAUUGUACAGUUCGAACUUCAAGCUGAUUUGUAGCAGAAUCAAAUCAAGUUCUUGUCUACUGAGCAAGAAACGCUCUGGAAGGGAUCGUGAUCCACCGUCACUCCCAUCCCUUGGGGCUGUGCUGUGGGGAGGAAGGGAGGUAAUACCAUCUAUAAAUCCCACAUCUCCACUGGCCUUUCUUCAGGCACUAGCACACUUUCUUGCAUCUGUAUGCUCUCUGCAUCGAGGGAUUCAUUUACAGAGCAUACAGAAUUUCCUUGACAACCCCCAUAUCCUGGAGUACAUUGCUGAGUUGGGGAACCACAAACUUCAAUCAGUUGAUAGCUGGUUCACUCGUGUUGAGACAACAAUGUUGGCAGACAUGUUGAAGCUUCUGAAGGUUGUCUUGCCAGCUACAAACUUCCAACAUGUUGGACUGUUCCACAGCAUGGCACUUCGACUGGUUGCUGUUAUACCUGCAGAUGAAAAGCACCUUGCCAAGGAAAUUUUCAGUUAUGCAGUUUUCAACACUGACUUCUUCAGUGACUGUUCUGAUGUGGCAUACAGUUUGGAGGCAUUGAAACUAACUGACAUGGCAUCAGAGCAGGAGAAAGUUUCAGUGCAUACUUUGUUGGAGAAAGCUACAAGCAAGAUUCCCAAUUUAUGGAAUUGCUAUCAGACAUCCCUUCACCUUGAUGCAGUCAGUAAACCUUGUCCACUUGACAUCUCAUCACAGACGGCUGGUGAAAAUGGGUUGACACAAGGAUUCCCAAGUGAUUGGCCUUAUCUUCCCAUUCUGAUGUUGUAUAACCAGGCCCUUAGUGGGAAAACAGACAACAGCAAUAAUACAGAACGUGUGGUCAGUUCACUGCAGUGGCUGCUCAUAGUGGAAUGUCUGCGGCCACAGACAAUGGCAACGCUCAGUGUCACUGCCCGAUUCUGUCGUUUGUCAACUGUGUUCCUUGCAGGCAGCGACUUGUUCCUGGAACCAGUAGUGCACCACCACCUUGAGGUUCUGCUGCGCAUCCUCCUGAGGAGCAAUUCUCUACUUGAUUUCAGUGAGAAAAUCUCUGGUAUCACCUCAUUCUAUGAUUUGUACACACAACUGGUUGAGCAAUUUACAGCUGUGUCAUAUGGAGAUGAGCUGUUUGGUCACUUUGUGCUUGUCCCACUACAGCAGCGCCACUCUCCAAGCUACCGAAAACUUGUGUGGAGUGAACACGCUGCAAUACUGAGAGUCCUACGUACCCCUCCUCAGAAGCUUGGUGUUCCCUUCCAGGCAUAUCUGGAGCCUUGUGAAACGGAUCCAUCACUUCUUAUGUGUUACCUUCGUGGUCUAGGAACAGGUCAGGUACGGGAUGUGUGGUGUCCAGUCCUGUACAGGGUAGCUCUUCACCAUGUUGCCACAUUUAUUGCAGAGCAACCAGACACUUUAAUUGCCCAGCAGCUUAGCUCAAGAAUCCAGCAGCUCGGUAACAAGGAAUUACAGAACAAACUUUUCACCUACUCAAAGCCAGAAGAAAGUUGAAAAAAGGUUAAGAGAAGUAUAGUAUGUUUUGAGGUUUUCACAGCAGUGAGUACAAAGGUGGCUGUUUUGUGGGUUGUAGAUGCCCUUGCUGCCUCCAUCAUCAGCCUUUGAAAUGUUGGUAAACUUCUACCAGACUACAUGGCACUACAACCCAGUAGACAGCCAUUUAGGUAAAAAUAUGUACUGGUGAAUCUGGAACAAAUGUAAACAAUGUAAGAUCUGAGGUUUUCACAGCGGUGAGUAUGAAGAUUUCUGUGUUCUGGGUUGUUACGCCAGGUAGUAUGGUAGAUGUUCACCAACGUUUCAGAGGUCAUACUGUCUUCAUCAUCAGCCCUUU